AUGUUGCACUUGCAUCCUAUGUAUUUGCAUGUGAACUUGGUAACAAUUCCCCCGGGCCAGGUUUAUGGCAUUAAUGAUGCACUUUCAGCUGAGGCAGCGGCAGAUGAUUAUGAGACCUGUCUUAAACAUUUGGUUCAGCGGAAUGUGAUAGCCACUUCAAAAACUACUGGGUUUCCAAAGUUUGAUCUCAUGCUUCUGGGUAUGGGCCCAGAUGGACAUCUUGCUUCUCUAUUCCCCGGUCAUCCUCUUGUCAACGAGAAGAACAAAUGGGUCACUUGCAUUAAGGACUCACCAAAACCACCUCCAGAGAGGAUUACUUUCACCUUUCCAGUGAUCAACUCUGCUGCAUAUAAUGCAAUGGUAGUGACCGGUGAGGGAAAAGCUAGUGCUGUCUGCACGGCACUUGGAAACAGUCAGCAUUCUGAAACUUUGCCUGCUCAGUUGCUUUCAGCUGAGGAUGAGUUAACUUGGUUUUUAGACAAGAGUGCAGCUUCAAACCUGUAGGAGGAGAAUGUCGUUGGCUCUGUGAGAUGUUGCACUUGCAUCCUAUGUAUUUGCAUGUGAACUUGGUAAUGUGUUCUAUGCUUUAGGCAGAAAUCACUGUGAUUCACUGCUGGCUUUUCAUACUAAUAAUUAGAACUGGUGACCUUCGAUGGUCCUCCGUGGUGAUAGUAAGAACUGAAAUAAGAGGUAGUUUGAUGUACUUUUCAGUCCUGGAUGCAAUUUUAUUGUCUUCCUCGCCCUCUUUCUAUCUUGUGGUUGGUUGCAUUGUGAGGCACAGGUUACACGAGUCAGAUUAAUUAGAUUAUCCUGACCGUGCCGUGCUUUGGUUGGAUAACUUUGUC